CGUCUAUGGAGGAGUGGGCGGGGCUUUGGUGCUGGACGGACUGGGAUAGCUUGCUACCUGCCGCAUGCAGUGUGAUGUUUACUGGGAAUAAAAACACUUUUACUCUGAUGGUCCGGUUUGAAUGAGCAGAAUGAAUGGCCGAAGAUUGUUGAGAAAUUGAGAACACUUUAGGCGUAGGAUUGUUUGCAGUAAGGAAUAAAAUCGUGCUGCAUAUGCCAGUGCUCCAUCACCAGGACUGCAGUUGGCCUCUUGGUCCAAGCUGCAGAAGAUCUGCUGCUCCUGCACUUGCAGUCAUGUUUAUUUCAUAACGAUGGCGUCAAGGAGUAACCUGUGAACUAAAUGACUGUCAGAAAUAUCGCCUCCAUUUGUAAUAUGGGCACCAAUGCCUCUGCUCUGGAGAAAGACAUUGGUCCAGAGCAGUUCCCCAUUAAUGAGCACUACUUUGGAUUGGUCAACUUUGGGAAUACAUGCUACUGUAACUCAGUGCUGCAGGCGCUGUAUUUCUGCAGGCCGUUCAGGGAGAGCGUUCUGGCCUACAAGGCACAGCAGAAGAAGAAGGAGAACCUGCUGACCUGCCUGGCUGACCUCUUCCACAGCAUUGCCACCCAGAAGAAGAAGGUGGGAGUAAUUCCCCCCAAGAAGUUCAUCUCUCGCCUGAGAAAAGAAAAUGACCUGUUUGAUAACUACAUGCAGCAGGACGCUCACGAGUUCCUCAACUACCUGCUGAACACGGUGGCGGACAUCCUGCAGGAGGAGAAGAAACAGGAGAAAGAAAACGGCCGACUAAAGAACAAUGGGAGCGUCGUCACUGCCGAAACCGAGACGGAGAACAAGACCGAGUCCACCUGGGUGCACGACAUCUUCCAGGGAACGCUGACCAACGAGACACGCUGCCUCAACUGCGAGACGGUAAGCAGUAAAGACGAGGACUUCCUGGAUUUGUCUGUGGAUGUCGAGCAAAACACUUCAAUAACACAUUGUCUCAGGGACUUCAGUAACACGGAGACGCUGUGUAGUGAGUAUAAGUAUUACUGUGAAACCUGCUGCAGCAAACAAGAGGCCCAGAAACGGUCACAUGCGAGUGAAAAGUUGCCCAUGAUCUUGGCCCUGCACCUGAAACGCUUUAAGUACAUGGAGCAGUUGCAGCGCUACACCAAGCUGAGCUACCGCGUCGUCUUUCCGCUCGAGCUGCGCCUCUUCAACACGUCCGCCGACGCCGUCAACCUCGACCGCAUGUACGACCUCGUGGCCGUAGUGGUACAUUGUGGCAGUGGGCCAAACAGAGGACACUACAUAACCAUAGUGAAGAGUCAUGGCUUCUGGCUGCUGUUCGACGAUGACAUCGUGGAGAAAAUUGACGCCCAGGCGAUCGAGGAGUUCUACGGUUUGACUUCGGACAUCUCUAAGAACUCUGAGUCAGGAUACAUCCUUUUUUAUCAGUCCCGAGAGUGACUGGACAAACUGGGAGCGAAAAUAAAAGAGCUAAAAGAGCAGAGAGGGUGGGAAGUAGGAGACAAAAAAAAGAAAAAACAGAAGAAAAUGUCGUUCAAUCACUUACACCAUUCAGCCCACAGCCUAGUCUCACAAACUCACACUCUCACUCAGGAGCAAGUUCUGAAAGCUGUGCCAAUAGCACCCUGACCUCAUUUUUGCCAAUACUACAUUUCUUACAAUCCCCUUCUUUAUGUCAUUACUGCACUCUGGGGUAGGUCUGUGUGAGUGUCUGAGUGAGUGAGAAUUUUUUUUUGGGGGGUUGGGUUGGGCUUAAAACUGACCCUUGGUCAGUCACCUGCAUAUGGAAGGCACUUUAUGAACAAAAAGCAUCAACAUACAGUACAGAGUGACAAACACUAAUGAAAGAACAAAUGAAAAGACAGCUGAAUGAUAUCACUCGUGUCAGGACCCUGAAAGGAAGGAAUUGAAUCACUAUAUAAUAUAUCAGCAUUAAAAAAGUCGAAAACUUUAGGAAUCCGCUCCCAAACCUUCAGAGAAUUUGUUUUGCGUCUUUGCAGUGAUUUAGGUUUCUUCUUGGAGAUCAGUGUGGUCAUGGUCAUAUCCCUGGUUAUUUUAUGCGUUCAUGUCUUUAUAUGUAUGUUCAGUCCUUCAGAUCUAAAGUUAUCUGGCUAACUAAGAAAUCAUGAGGGUUUUUUUUUUUUGUUAGUUUUUAAACCAAAGCAAGAUUUAUUUCCCCGUUGUUUUCUUUAGGGAUUGAGUCGCCAAAUGCGUGCAUUAAACUGCAUCAUGGAGCAAUAAAAAAAUAAGUUUAAUUUCACAUUUUACAUACAGUGACUAAUGAGGGCAUAUACACAGAAAAAAAGGUAUAGGUUUUGAGUAUGCUUAGAUAGAUCUCAAACAAUUGUCCAGUCCGGUUUGAUUAUAUCUUUUUGGCUCUAUGCCCUAUUUAAAAUUCUUCUGAGAGAAAGUAGGCCAUUGCUGCUCUACUCUCGCUCUAAAUCUGCAUGAUAGUCACCAAGCCAUGGAUAUCUCAGGUCAACAAGUCCUUUCUACCUUUCAUUAGCAUCUGACUGUGGCAGGCAGAAAGACCUUCAUCCAUUGAAAGUUACUGUUUAGCUCACAAUGAUCUUCAAGGCUAUAGCUCCGUUAAUGCCCUUGUACGUAACACUACUGUUAUCCGACCACCAUUGCGCUCCAUGUUGCAGUAGAAUCUAGUUCUAUUCAGAUUUGACGCAUCUGCGUACAGGUUCCUAAUGAGAGAUCCUACAGAUCAUUACAGAUCUACACUCAUGAAAUCCUAAUGAGUGUAGAUCCUUACAUGUAUAUGGUGCACUGAUUGCAAUGAUUUUCUGCAUUCAUUAAACGUUCCUUUUUUAUAUAUAUAUAUAUAUAUAUAUAUAUAUAUAUAUAGGCGUCUGUUUGAAGCUCCUACCUUGAGCUCCAGAAUUGGUCCAGGACUUCGACUGUCUUAGGCCAGUCGAAGCAGUUAUAAUCAUUUCGGUAAAAUCCUGUUAGUAAGGACCGCAAUGCAGGUUCCACUGUGCCAGCUUGCACACUUCGAAAGUAUUUCACUGAUAUGAAAUGAUGCUCAUUAUAUUUCCUUGAUGAUGAUAAUAAUACUAGUGAUAAUAGUUAUAAUAAUGUCUGUAUUGGGUACUUUUAAGGCUUGAUGGACAGACUCUGUUUCUCCGCCAUGAUUAACACCAAGAACACGCUUUCAGAAGCUGAUCCAAGUUCAGCAUUAACAGACUGCAUCAAGAUGUUAUGAUUUCAGAUCAACCUACUCAUAAAGGCUGCUAUGGACCCUGAAGUAGAAAUGCACAAUUUAUCUGAUUUGAAAUUAUGAAGGGCAUUUUUAUAAUUUUCUUCUGUGUAAUCGCAGAUGAGAACCUACGACUUUGGAGAGAGAACAAUUGAAUGCUUAGUUGAUUGAGGAGAAAUAUUUAGCAUGAAAAGCUUAUCUCUGACUGAAUUUGACUGUGUGUAUAAUGAACAGAGCUCAGAAGACUGUAGGAAUAUGAUGAACAUUCCUGUCAAUGCUCGUGUGAUUAAAAUUUUUUUUUUGUUUGUUUUGUUAAACCAAGGACGAUAUCCGACUUGUGGUAUAAUGAAUAAUUCCCAAUUUGCACCUUGA